UAGGUACUCACAACCUUUGAACGCAGCUGAGAGACGGGGAAGUCAAGGAGCAGCAGAAGCCUGAGAGACGAGCAGAGAAGCUGAGAUAUAAGGAGAAUCUGGCAUCAUGUUGGUGAAAGUCAAGACGCUGACGGGCAAAGAGGUCGAUAUCGACGUUCAACCCGACUGGACAAUAGCAAAAGUCAAGGAGAGGGUCGAGGAGAAAGCUGGUAUCCCUCCCGUACAGCAGAGAUUGAUUUUCGGUGGAAAGGCCAUGGCAGACGAUAAGACUGUGGAGUCUUACAAGAUUCAAGCUGGAGCUGCUAUUCACCUGGUCCUAGCUUUACGAGGAGGUAGGAGAUGAGGAGAGGCAAAGACGCGGCUUCCUACGCGGACAGUCGAGCCAGGCCGAAAGAGUACUGUGAUAUAUCAGUUACAGACAGUGCACCGCGGGCCAAUACAGUCACGGGGAUGGUGUAUAUGCAUUGUAUCAUAG